UUACUUCAUAGUAUUCGUCCUCCGAGCAACUGAAUUUUCAGAGGAUGAAGGGAUGCUCAGUAGAAUGAGUUCGAUGCUGAUGACUGUGGGAGCAACUACCGCUUCGUUGCCGUCGGAAGCCAAUCGGCGGAGCAGUUGGGUGCCGUUCCCUGAGCCGGACGAAAAUGACCAGGAAGCGGUUGCACUACGGUAUUUACCCCCGGCGGAGAAUCGCUUCGCUUGGAGGCUGGGAAACAUUUAUGUAACCGAGUUGUCAAGUGGGCCAUCUCCGCUGGCCGGCUCAUUGGGAGAAUGGUUGGGGCGGCCAUGCCCCCACUGGCUUACAACACCAAGUCGAACUUAUUACCAAUAAAGCGGAGGAUUUGGGUUGGAAAUUUUUUUGCGUUCUGUAUAGAAGCCUUUUUCUUAAUUGUGUCAAUGAUGUACUUCCCGGAGAAGAUAAUGGCAGCUAUCCUACUGGCUCUUACUCCCGCUUGGGAAUUAUCCAUAGGGGUAUACAGGUAUUUCCGAAGGAAGGGGCAGGUGCGGAAGGAAAAGAGAAGAAGGCAGAAAGAGAGGAAAGGAAGGUUUCGCGAGAUAGCGGAGACGGUGACUCGCAUGAAUCCUAACAGACCGACGGAAUGCCGCCGGUCUUCUUCGGCGCUGAAUUUCCCUCCCACUCAUGCCGGAGUUCAUGGGUGCGCAUGACUCGGGGGCAUCCCAUUCUCUUAAGCUCAUGUUUCCAGAAACGCACCAUCGUCCCAGGCACCAUCAUAACAUUGUAGCCUUCGACAGCAGCACAAUUAGACG